GAUUUGAAGAAUUGGUCAGUGUUCUUUUUCCAUAUUGGGAAGUAAAAGGAUCCUGAACCAGGAACACAUUGGUAGUGGUACAUGUGCCCUCUCAAGACUUAUGUGAUAUUCAACCCUUAGUUCGUGAUAAAGAUUGCUGUGGAAAAUUGAAUGUGUAUAGGGUCUAUUGAUGCUGGAGGACUGGGUCAUUUAACUGUGUCAACAUCUCAUGUGAUCUAACUUAAAAGCUGCUGACAAGAGAUAAUGGGACAUUCCUUAUACUACCUGGGAUAUAAGACACAUUAAGGCGGACAGUUUUUGGUGCUUAUGGCCAUAACACUGCUGCAUGACUUACCACAGCCACACUUGACCAACUUUCCUAUGCAAAUUUAAGUGGGAAGUUGUUGAAACAGGAUUUUGGAAGUUUAUACUGUAGGAAGGUUUUAAUUAUUGCCAUGCUGGCACUCUUAUUUUUAAAGGAGGCAAUUACAAGAGAUUUUUUUGUUUUUGUUUGUUAUGAGUCAAGAACAUAGAACUCAGAAGAGGACUGGACUGAAAACUGAAGUCUUCAUUUGGUUUUGAAAAUUCCAAGUCUGUUCAGUUAAAGUUAAAAAAGUUUUUUUCACAAUGUAUGACUGUAUCUUUGAUCCUCGCUACCCUGAAAACAUUGACCAGUUUGGAUAUGUCAGCAGUCUUUACAGCCAGACGUCUAUGAGAAAGAAAACAACCAGUUAUACUGAAGAAUACAAAAAAGAUAUUGGUUUUAAACUUCAGGAUAUGGAUCUCAUAGACAUACUGUGGCGGCAGGACCUGGACAUGGGAGUUGCCAGAGAGAUGUUUGAUCCUAACCAGAGACUGGAACUAGAGAAAGAAAGGGAAGUGGAACUACAGAAGCAGCAACAAAAGGAACGAGAACUAGAUGAGGAGACAGUGAAGCAAGAAAAAGAGGAGAAAGACGCAUGGGAAGAUCUCACAAAUUAUAUCAUUGAUGGAGAAACAGGGGAGUUAUUGCCUCUGCCCCCUGCAGAGCAGACUGAAAGUUCUGGACCUAGCACCACAGAAACACAGACCAAUGAAAACACCACUGAGACUCCUCUCUUCCUGGAGGAUGCCAUGAGUUUGCUUCAAAAUGAUGGGACUAAUAACUUGUCCAUGAACAGCUGGAUGGAAAACAGUACCAUUCAAGAUGAACUGGAAAAAGUCAUUUUAGAAAAACAACCGAACCUCUCGGCCCUUGGGGACACCAAUGUCAGUUACAGUCGCCAGAACAGUCUGGAGAUGCGCUGGCGUGAUGUGGCAAGUCUGUUGGAGUUGCCUGGACUGGCAGCAGAGGAGAAUGUCACCCAGAACUACAGCGCUACGCCCACCACCAGUGGUCUCAUCCAGAAUACUACUUUCGCUCCUCAGAUGAGCCCAACACAGGCUGUGCCCUCUAUUGAUCUCACAACAUCAACCAACCACAGUUUUGUCAAUGAGAGUUUGACCCAGAAUCCUGCUAACACCACCUUUGGUCUGGAGAACAGUGACCUACUGUUUCCCAACAUCAGUGCCACUGUGCCUAUCACCAUGAACACUUCCAGCGACUUCUUGGAUGACCUGUUGGAAGACGAGCUCUCUGAUAUGGAGAUUGAGAACACUGCAGACCUGCCCACUAUGCAGAUGAUGGAUGAUGCCAGCAGUGACUCUGCAGUGUCUUCCAUGGGAAGUUCCCCAUACCAGGAGUGGACCGACAGCUCUAUUGGUUCCACCUCUCCAUUCGACACACUGGAGGGCGCCACUGGUGGCAUGCAUCAAGGAGGUGCCACAGGCUUCACCAAACCAAAGUUUGAGUACUAUGAUAACAGCUGCACCUACAGCAUGGACCCAGGCUAUCAGGAUUCCCUCCAUACCAACUACUCUGGCUCAGACAAUGGGACAAGCUACCCUCAGUUCACUCCUGCCAGCAAGAAACACAUUCAUCAUAACCACACAUAUCCCCUCCAGCCAGGCCAGCAACCCAAAGAACAGAAGAAGCCAGACCGCGACAAGGGCACACGCACCAUGUUCAGCCGUGAUGAGAAGCGGGCCAAGGCAAUGCGCAUUCCAUUCUCCGUGGCUGAUAUUGUUAACUCUGCCGUGGAAGAUUUCAACGAGAUGCUGCAGAAAUAUGCUUUGACUGAAGCACAGCUCCAGCUUGUCCGUGACAUCAGACGCAGAGGCAAAAACAAGGUGGCUGCACAGAAUUGUCGCAAACGCAAGAUGGAGAUCAUUUUCACCUUAGACGAUGAAGUCAAAGCCAUGCAACAGGAGAGAGACAGAUUGCAGAAGGAGAGACAAGAGAUGGAAAAGGAACACCUGGAAUUCAAGAACAAGUUCAGCCACCUUUACAUGGAGGUUUUCAGGUCUCUGAGGGAUGAAAACGGCCGGCCGUACAACCCACAAGAAUACUCGCUUCAGCAAACUGCCGAUGGGAACGUCUUCUUGAUCCCGCGGAAUUCCACCAGCAGCGACCACACAGAGAAGGCACAAAAGAAAAGAAAAUCCAAGAAGCAAUGAACUGUAUGAAUGUAUUGACAGAUGAACAGGGAUGCAGAUUGGAAAUUGACCUGUGCUUCAUCUUAGAAAAGAAAGGGCAGUAAAACUACCCACUAAUAAGAAUUGACUUCACAUUGAGUAUCACUUUGGUGUGGAUGUGACUUCCUACUUGAGGUUCAAUAUUAAGCAAUUGCUACUGUACUGGAUUCACAUUUUCUUGUAAUACAGAUUUUAGAAGAACAAUAUGUUAAUCCAUGAAUAACUGCUAUUUAAAUUACAACCCACUUUUGCUGUGCCCACCAGAAAAAAGAUACUUCUUAUUGUCUUCAGUGACAGGUUAUUCAAUUGUUGUAAAUGUUUAUGUAUUGAUUCUGCUGUGCAGAUUUAUUGCUACUUUAAAGAAAUAAAAAUGCAAUUUUGCUUCUGUAGGUCCUAAUUAAAAUAACACUGCUGUUUCUUUUGAAAUGGUGACAGGCUUUUUGUUGAAAUGGAGGUCAUCCCUUAAAAAUGACAGUCUGUUAUCUCUGGAUACUGAAGAAAAAUAUUACUGACUAGUUAGAAACAAAAUGGACUAACAACAUCAUUAAUUGGUUUUUGAAACACCAAGUAUUUUUGGCAGCUGACUUGGUUAGAUUAGUUGUGUACAGUUAAAGCAUCCAUGACACUGAUAUUUACUGUAUUUGCUGUCUCUUUUACCCAAUACAUAGACUGCAGUUAUCACUUAUGCUUUUGCAAAGUGUCACAUAAUUUGAAAACAAAAUAUGUAAUAAAGAGGUACAGGCCAUGUGCCUUAUAUACAAGUUAUUGUCAAGUAGUAACAUGCUAUACUAUAUGGUAUUACAACCUGUCCAAUUUGUUUAGGCUUUAAUAUAGGGGGUUUGUUCUUUAAUAACCUCUUUUGAUUUUUGUUAUAUUGCAGAUAUGUAUUCCAAGAAUAAGGGUUAGUUAUUAUUAUUGUAGAGAUUUCAUAUAAUGGGAUCUAUAUAAGUGAGUACAUUUGUAUCUGUUGUUGUAUUUACAUUUUAUUUGUUUUCUCUUUUUCAUUUCAUGGUAAAUGCACUGAUGUAUUAGAUAUUUGGCUAUAUUGCUGUAUUCAGAAACUUAUAGCUUUGAAUGGAUGCCUUUUACUGAUAUGGUACUAAGUGUUUCAUUUAUUAAUAAGUUGCAUUCAGAGACUUAAACUGAUGUAAUAUUGCUACGAUAAGUGUAAAUCACGAAUCUAUAUCAAUUGGAAUGAUAAUUCUCCUUUCAGUUUUGCCUAGUUUUCUAUGGUCAGUUCAGAUGUUUUUCAUGUGGCCAGCAAGUUACUGCUGGUUUGUACGUGCAUGGAUCUUUUCAGGCAGUUGUUAAGAAUAAGUAAGAAUUAGAAUUGUUUGCUUGUUUUACAUUUGUUUGAAAGAAAAGUAUUCCUCUUAUCUUUUUUGUGGCACUACUAGGUUCUUAUGUUAAUUUCAAGUGGAGGAGUUAUGAAAAAAAUGUCACUGGCUUAACUUUCCUUUAACAUUGAGGAACUUUGCAAAGAAGUUGAAAUUGAGAAAGAGUAUCGUCAUGAAUUGUUCUUUACAACAUUUUCAAAGUGUAAAUAAGGUGUUAUUUGUAUUGCUGAUAAAAUAUUUUCAAUAAAAAAUUAUUAAAACUA